UAUUUAUAUAGCGCCAAAUCACAGCCGAAGUUAUCAAAGGGAACUUUUCAUAUAGAACUGGUUUAUGUGGUUUGUCCAGGUGGUGUUACCGUACCUAGCUGUCCAGGAUGGCAGAUCAGUGAACCAGUUAUAUUUAGGGAUAUAAUGGUAACUGGAUCCGCCAACCACUUUCGAGCGAGCAGGUGAAAAUGUUACGUGCCGGAGAGCAGUGAUAGUAGUUGUGCACUCGGGGAUAACAGUCACGCGCUGCUUCGGAGUCUGCGCGAGCUCAGCGCAUGGUUUUCUCCUCACAGGCUACAAUAUUUCUCACGCGAGCAGAGAUAUUCUGCGCGCGACUGCUGUUAAAGCGCAAAAAUAAUGCGUGCCUGGGUGUCUGAGUUUUACGCACGACUCCUCUACAUCCGCACGCGUGGAUCUCAUUUAUGCCAUAAUACAAUAUGUGUUCAUAACCUGCAGCCAGGAAACAAGUCAGAUAGGUAGAAAAAAAAGUGCCAGAGGCAAGUCGGACCAAGAGAACAAGAGAAAAGACUGUCAGUGAGGACGUCUCGUGGAUUUGAAGAAUUUUCUGAACUGAACUCUAUUUUCGACAACAUGGAAGGGUUGAACACAAGGAGGAUUGUCCUACUGGGGAAAACUGGAGCUGGGAAGAGCAGCCUGGCUAACACCAUAUUUGGAGAGGCCACAUUCAAAAUAAACCAUUUUAAUGACUUGAAAUUGCAUUUUUGUGAAGCAGAGACCAAAUCUGUCAAUGGAAGAAGCAUCACUUUGAUCGACACUCCUGGUUUCUUUGACCCAGGCAGGUCUGAGGAGGACAUGAAGCCUGAGAUGGUGAGGUGUAUCACUGAGUGCGCUCCUGGGCCUCAUGCUUUUCUCAUUCUGCUUAAAGUGGAGAAAUUCACCGAGCAGGAGAAAGCUGUCAUCACAAAAAUGUGUGAAUAUUUCUCUGAGGAUGCUUUCAAAUAUGCUGCAGUUGUCUUAACCCAGGGUGACCAGCUCCCAGAAGGGAUGAAGAUUGAAGAGUUUGUCAGUGAAAGUGAGCAUAUGAGUGAUCUGGUGAAGAAGUGCGGUGGCCGGUGCCACGUUGUUGAUAAUAAAUACUGGAAGAUCAAACAGCUGGAUGAAUACAGGAGCAACCAGUUCCAGGUGGCAGAGCUACUCAACAACAUAGACAAGAUAGUGAUGGAAAACAAUGGAGGCUACUACACCAAUGAAAUGCUGCAAACAGUGGAGAGAGAAAUACAGAAAGAGGAAGAGCGCAUCAGACUGUCAUCAGGAAACAUGACACAGGAAGAGAUCAGACAGCAGGCUAAAAGCAGAGUCCUUGAGAAGCAUUUGAACAAAGCACCACGGACAUGGAUUAGAGGUUUUGUGGGUUUGUCUAUCAUUGCUGGAUUACUUGCAACUGUCUCAGCUGUGUUGAUCAAGUCAAAAUUUGUGAAGGUAUUAACAGAGGUAUACCACUAUUUGAUGAACAAGUAAUAGCAACACCACUAGCAACAGUGGUAGAAGAACAAAUAGCCAAGUCAGUGCAACAGAAAAGGUAGUUUAGGUGGCAAUCACACCUUAGACGGCAAUACAGAAGACAUUUGAUGAUGUCUUCAACAUUCUUUAUGAUUUGUAUGAAAGAACAAACAAUCUUUGGAACUCAUUUGAAUGAACACUGAAACAGAAUCCAACAGAUGUUAAUUUUGACUUCUGACUUGAUGGAAAUCCCCGUAUCUAUAAAUAAGAAGUUAAUCCAGCAGUAAUCAAAGUUUUAAUUUAUCUAGCUAAACAUCACAUCAGGUUCCACUUCAACCUGUUUCUCUGAAAACUGUCAUUCAUUCAUAUUACUGAACAACCUGUCUUAUCUUCUGUAAUGUCUUGUUUACUGUAAGCAAACAUGGCACAGGUUUUGAUCUGAAAUCUGAAAGUGGUUGUUGGGACAUGAACUCUACAUGACUUUUUGUUUUUUUCAUGAUGAUGAUUUGCUUUUCACCUGU